AUGGAGUUGGAUUUGAUUCCAAAGGAACUGUCUGCACCUCAUGGUGAAGCAGGCAAUACACGGAUGAGAUGUAUGGCUGACUAUGAGGUCAAACGUGAGAUUGGCGAAGGAUCCUUCAGUGUUGUGUAUUCAGCGACUGAGAAAGCCGACGCGCAUCGAGAUGUUGCGAUCAAAAUGUGCUUCAAAAAACAAAUUUUGAAGGAGAAAAGG